AUGGACCUGACAGACUCUCGUUCCUGGUCUUCACUACUCCUGUUAGCCAUUAUUGCUUCGUCACAUUUUAAUGUGGUAUUGGCGGAAGCGCGGGGAAAAGACAUUGGCCGGAAUUCCGCCGGAAACAGUCCAUACACAGCCAAAGCUUCACUGAUUCGGUACUGGAGAAACAAAGUCUCUUCAACAAGCUUACCCAAUCCGUCAUUCCUCAACAAAGCUUCCCCGUUAGAUGCCAUUCAAAUGGCCAAGUUUUCGGAGUUCGCCGACGAUCAACAGUUGAUGUCCGACCAGUUUUCCAACUUUUGCAAAGCUGCUUACCUUUUUUGCUUCCACGAUGAGGGGACUAGUCUCACCAACGAUAGUAAAGAGUACUCGGAAUCAGCAGCAGGUCGAUUUCCUGACUACAGAAAUCUUUUCCGGCACUACGGGCCCAGCGCAAAGGAGUGGGUGGAACCAGGGACUUUCUUCAGGGAAAAGAUGCUGGAAACUGGAGCCGUGAUGCCAAUGCCUGAUAUCAAGGAUAAAAUGCCCAAAAGAUCCUUCUUGCCACCAAAAAUCCUUUCUAAAAUACCGUUUUCUACUACCAAGAUUCACGAGUUGAAAAAGAUUUUCCAUUCAUCUCCUAAUAAUGACGAUUCCAGGAUAUUCGACGAUGCGUUGAGCGAAUGUGAAAGAGCUCCGAGCGCUGGAGAAACGAAAUGGUGUUCCGGCAGCGGGGAAGAUAUGAUUGAUUUCGCAACGUCGCUUCUGGGAAAAAACAUCGCCGUUCGGAGUAUCGAGGGUACUCGAGGUUCGGGUGAAAACAUUAUGAUCGGUAGCGUGACCCGAAUCAACGAUGGACGUAUCACGAAAUCGGUGUCUUGUCAUCAGCUUUUGUACCCGUACUUGUUGUACUACUGUCAUUCGGUCCCGAUGGUUCGAGUUUACGAAGCGGAUAUACUUGAUCCGAAGUCCAAGUCUAAGAUCAAUCAUGGAGUUGCCAUCUGUCACAUUGAUACAUCCACUUGGAGUCAAGAUCAUGAAGCAUUUGUUGCUCUGGGUUCGGGUCCGGGUAAAAUUGAAGUUUGUCAUUGGAUCUUUGAGAAUGAUUUCAUUUGGACGAUUUCAGAUUAA